AUGGGAAGAGAAAGUCAAACCAACAUUACAGAGUUCUUCCUCCUGGGGUUCUCCGACCUAUCUCUUCCAUUGCAGGCCACGCUAUUUACUUUCUUCCUGACUGCCUACCUCCUCACGCUGGUCGGCAAUGGUCUCAUCAUACUGACAGUGUCUCUGGAACCUCUUCUCCAAACCCCAAUGUAUUUCUUCCUGAGGAACUUAUCAUUCCAUGAACUUUGUUUUACCACCGCUACAGUCCCUAAGGUCCUGGAGAUCUUUGUGUCUGAGGAAAGGUCCAUAUCUUUUAUGUCUUGUGCCACUCAGAUGUUCAUAUUCUUCACCAUUGGGGUGUCAGAAUGUGUCUUCCUUGGCGUCAUGGCCUUUGACCGAUACAUGGCCAUUUGCUAUCCACUAAGGUACACAUCUGUUAUGAGCUCAAAAAUGUGUUAUCAAUUGACAACAGGGCCCUGGAUUAUUGGAUCUUUGGUUUCUUUUGGACAGACUACUUUCAUCUUCAGCCUACCUUAUUGUGGACCGAAUCAUAUUGCCCACUUCUUCUGUGAUAUACCUCCUAUACUAAGCUUGGCUUGUGCCAACAUAUUCAUCAACAAGCUCUCUGUCUUCAUUGCCUGCAUGUGCGGAGCCGGGGUCCCAUUCCUGCUCAUACUCUGCUCGUACAGCAAGAUCCUGAACUCCAUCUUCCACAUACACUCGGCAGAGGGACGCCACAAAGCUCUGUCAACCUGCAGCUCGCACUUGGUGUCCGUUAUCCUUUUCUAUGGUACCACCAUGUUCACGUACCUACGCUUAGGUACCUAUGGCUCUGACGAGAAUGACAGAAUGAUAUCUCUUUUCUAUUGCAUUGUUAUACCGGCCAUCAACCCUCUCAUCUACAGUCUGAGGAACAAGGAGAUGAAGGCAGCUUUAAGGAAAUUGGUUUUAAAGCGAGUAAUGAGUUUUGAGGUGGCGAGAUGUCAUCCAGGAUGA